GAGGGCAGCAUUUGUUUGGUCUUGUCUAGGCUGCAUAUCGGCCAGGACCGGGCCUUCAGUCAGUUGAAACUGCGCUUCCUUUUAAGUGACGGAGCAUGGAUGUAAUUUGAGAUUUGAGAGAGGGUAGGCUAUCAUUAGUCAAAACCAAACGCGGUGCUUGAGCAAUCCAGAUGUUGAUCUUGAAAUUGAGUCACAAAGCUACGGUCAGGCACUUUAACAUUUCUCUGUUUGAUGCGUUUGGUAGGCUACUUCUGCGUGAAAGCUUUGGGGUUUCUAUGUGUAAAGUUAAGGGAACGUAUUUCAAACUUCACGUGACUGUCUGUGGCUGAACCAACUGCUACUUUCCUUGAAAAAUAGUUGGCAAUACUUGCUGCAUAGGCUAAACGAGGAGCGACCUGAAAGAAGAUUUACAAAUAUCACAAAGCCUGUCUGGACACCUAGUUACUUUCGGUAUUUUAGCUCAUGGAUACCACAUGCAUUGCAAGUUUAGAAAUGUUUGAUUGGUGAGCGAAUUAAAUCAUAUUUUAUGCGCUCUAAAGGAAAGUAUAUUAUAUUGCUCACAUAUUGCCAAUAAGUGGGUAGAAUGGCUUUUCUACACUUACUCGCUAUCGGUAUGUUUUUAUUACCGUUUAGCGGUGCGUUUUUUAACGGACCUCUGUAUCCCGAGAUGUCUAACGGCACGUUCCAUCACUACUUUGUGCCAGACGGCGACUAUGAGAAUAACGAUGAUCCGGAAAAAUGUCAAAUGCUUUUUAAGAUGACGGACGACCGAAAAUGCGGUCUUGACGAGGACCACGAUUCGGUAAUCCGAGAUGAUUUCACGAUCAUCAAGAGACACAUCGAAGACUCGGCCAGGGUGCUAGAGGGGAUCGGGAAAAGCAUUUCUUUUGAUUUGGACGGAGAGGACAGCUAUGGAAAAUAUUUGAGAAGGGAGACGACUCAGAUUGGCGAGGCUUUUACAAACUCCGAAAAGUCUCUGUUGGAACUGGAGGUGAAAUUCAAACAGAGUCAGGAGAACGAGUUGAAGGAGGAGCACCGAAUAAACGACGACUUUCUGAACAUGGUUGUCCACACAAGAGACGUACUAAAAGAAACACUGUACAUAUCGGUGGGGCUGAAGGAUAAACACGAGCUUCUCUCUCUCAUAAUUCGAAGUCACGGGACCAGAUUGAGCCGAUUGAAAAAUGAAUACAUGAAGGUUAAACUUGGGUAAAUUAGUUUAAAGCGAGUUAUAAAAGUAGUCUGACGAAAAUAAUAUUGGUGAAAUCCUGUAUUUCAUUGCAUAUGUAUAUUAACGGAGCGAUAAAACAUGCAGACAGAAAUUAUACCAGUGUUAUUUAUUCUAAAAAUACAAUAGGCAUAGGGGGGUUUCGCAUGUCGGGUGAAAUGUAAUUCAUUGACAAUGUUGUCAGUUCAUUUUAAGUUGGCCUAUGGUUUACUUGUGGCAACAUUCCUUGGGCAUUUGCAAUAUGGCGUUGCGUUAAAAUGCCUUGGCAAUUGAUAAUUGUCGAUGCCUUGCUCUGACGGGGGAUUUCAAAGAUGAUUCAUUCAUCGCGAUGACGUUGUCUAACAGUCGCAACAGGUGUUAUUUAUAGAGUAUGUGACAUGGCCUACCUACAGAAUCCACUUGGCAGCUUGAGUGAAUUUGGCUGGAAAUUAUUGAAAUGUUUACAAUGUAUAACAAUUUGCAUUUUUCUUUUUACAGUAAGGCCAAUUAACAAGAGUUUUAAAUAAUACUUGGAACAAUGCUUGCCUUGUUUAAACGUAUAAGGUUGAGACUUAUGAUGUGUAUAUCCCUUUGCCUUUUUGUGGAUGCAAUAUAGUUUGUGGAAAUGUUCAGAGCAUGUUAUGGGAAUAAAUGCUGUGCAUGUCAAUAUCUAUGUGACAGAAGAGCUUAAUUGUACUCGUUAUUUUUGUUUAGGCUAAUAUGUUUCAAUAUCUGCAAUAUCUAUUGUUUUUCUUUUCGAAAUGAUAUAUGUAUGUGUGGCAACAAGUAUGAUAAACACUUAAGACUGCAGGCAGCACUCAUGGACUUCAAACACUGUCUGUGGCAACAUUCCUAACAGGUUUUGUGUGUUCCGUUUUUUAAUAAAGAUUUUGUGUUUGACAUUCUACU